GACCACCCGCCAGGCUUAGCAGCUCGGAUAUUCCUCCUCCUCCUCCACCGUCACCGGUCCACCCGUUCCUCCAUCGGCAUGGCUUUCGUUCGCUCUUCUGUUGCUCUCCUCGCCGGUCUGGCGCUCGCCGCUGCUUCGACGGCCCAAGGCGCCACGAUUCUCGGCGGCUACGCGCAGAAGAACGCGACCAGCGAUGACACCGACCUCCUGGUCAAGGCGGCAGGCAACGCCAGCACGUACGACGAGAAGGUGACCGCUCGCGUCUGCCUCAUCGCCGUUGAAGGCCUCCAGACGCAGACGGUGGCCGGCACCAACUACAAGUUCCAGGUCGCGGGCUGCCCCGUGCAGUCCGAUGGCGAGUUGGGCGCCUGCAAGGACCGCAACUGCGACUACUCGAGCUACAACAUCGUGAUCUUCUCUCAGCCGUGGACCAACACGCUCGAGGUGACGUCUAUUACGCCCGCGGAAUAAAUCUUUCAGGCCACAGUCCGCCGCACCCAAGAAUAUAAGCCCCAUUGGCGAUCUGAAUACAAUCGAUUGAUCGAUUCGCAAUAC